UAUGGCUGUUUGCUUAGCUUUCAACCACUGGCAUACAGGUCUAGAUACUUCUGAUGGAUACCCAGGUUAUGUUCUGGCCAUUCACAGCAGUAAGAGAGUUGCUGUUGAGCAGAUCACAGCCCCAGCAUCACUUUUGGCUGACUCGCUUGUGAAUCUGUGUUUAGCUAAAGGACAGCGACAUGAAGGCAGACAAGGCAUGACUGUUUAUUAUCUCACCAAG